CUUCGGACCCUCCUUGAGAGUCGUUUCUGACACUUUUAAUUCUAAAUUAUGAUGGUAGAAUUGGAUUUCAAGGAGCAACGUUAAGCUAGCAUCAAGGGAGCAUAGUAACUUCGGGUUAGGGCAACAAAGUAAAUGGUUUUACUCUUGGAUGCCCACGGGCUUGGUUGGAUGACUUGUACACUGCAUGAAUGAAUCGUGUCCUAUGGCUCCUACAUAUAUCUUAUUUUAUGAUUGUAUGACGUGUAUUAUGUUAUGUGACAAGCUAUGCUAUGAUAUGAUAUAAGUCCUACUAUGAUAUGAAACUAUGUUGUGGUAUCAAUGUUAUAUGAUCCACGAACUUCCAUAUGUCACGUCAUACAUAUUAUGUUAUCAUGUUCACUCUAUGCCUAUGAGACAUUGCCAUUGAUACGCCUGUAUGUUAACCAUGAAAGAUAUGUUCAAUAUACAUAUGCAUGUCUCAUAGGAACACCAUGUCACGAAAAGAAUGGAGGUAUGGUUUGCCUUAGUAUAUGCCAUGAUUUGAAGCCAUGAGACCUCAUUCAUUUUAUAUGUCACACACCUCGAGAUACUCCGCAUUAUGAUUAGCGCGAAUGCAUACACUACGAUACUAUGCAUGCCAUGAUAUUAUGCAGGCACUUUACCCUUCAUGACUUCCUGUUGCGUGAGUGUGCGCUAGGCCAUGAGACCUCAUGCAUUUUAUUUGUCACACAUCUCGAGAUACUCCACAUUAUGAUUAGCACGAAUGCAUACACGAUACUAUGCACGCCAUGAUAUUAUGCAUACACUUUUCCCUUCAUGGCUUCCUGUAGCAUGAGUGUGUGCUAGGCCAUGAGACCUCAUGCACUUUAUACGUCACACACCUCGAGAUACCCCCAUUAUGAUUAGCACGAAUGCAUACACUAUGAUACUAUGCAUGCCAUAAUAUUAUGCAGACACUUUUUCCUCUAUAGCUUCCUAUAGCGUGAGUGUGCGCUAGGCCAUGAGACCUCAUGUAUUUUAUAUGUCAUACACCUCGAAAUACUUCCCAUUAUGAUUAGCACAAAUGCAUACACUACGACACUAUACACGCCAUGAUAUUAUGCGGGCACUUUUCCCUCCUUAGCUUCUUGUAGCGUGAGUGUGCGCUACACAAGGUGGAGUGAGGAUAGUUGCACAAGUACUUGUAGUAAAUAUUUUAUAGAAAGAAGUAAGGGAACCCACGGUAUACUAAUUUUUCCCUUCUGGGGCUCUGCGUGGGAGAGAGAGAGAGAUACAGAGAGAUUCAGUCGUUCAAGAAGAAGAAGAAGAAGAAGAAGAAGAGAUGUGUGACCUAGACCGCCAAAUUGAGCAGUUGAAGAAUUGCGAGCCGCUCAAGGAGUUUGAAGUUAAAGCUCUUUGUCUCAAGGCCAUUGAAAUCCUCGUCGAAGAGAGCAACGUUCAGAGGGUUGAUGCCCCUGUUACUAUAUGUGGAGACAUCCAUGGGCAGUUUUAUGACUUGAAAGAGCUUUUUAAAGUAGGAGUCGAUUGUCCAAAGACCAACUACUUAUUUCUUGGCGAUUUUGUCAACAGAGGAUUAUACUCAGUUGAGACAUUUCUACUAUUACUUGCUCUGAAGGUUAGAUAUCCAGACCGGAUAACUCUUAUUAGAGGGAACCAUGAAAGCCGUCAAAUCACACAGGUUUAUGGAUUUUAUGACGAGUGUCUUUGCAAAUAUGACUCUAUGAAUGUUUGGAAAUACUGUACUGAUGUUUUUGAUUAUGUAAGUCUCUCGGCUCUUAUUGAAAACAAGAUAUUUAGUGUCCAUGGUGGUCUCUCUCCAGCCGUAACAACAUUAGAUCAGGUUAGAACGCUCCUAAUUAUUGUUACAGAUGUGGUAAUGUAGCUGCUAUACUUCAACUGGAUGAAAACCUUAAUAAACAGUUUCGUGUCUUCGGUGCUGCUCCACAGGAAUCAAUAGGAAAUCCUGUCAAGAAACCUGCACCAGACUACUUCCUUUGAAAUUGUUUCGUGUAUGUUCCAAUGGAUACAGACAAGUUGUGCAGUUGCUUGGUGACGACAAUCUCACGACACCUUGGGUGGGAAUCAUUAACACAAUAGAGGGAUACGGAUUCGUUAACGAGCAAAAGCUGUGAUCAUUUCGGAUGAUUGGGGGGGUCAGCUAUUAGAAAUUGUCAUGUAAAAUGCUGAUUCCUUGUCCUUUUACCCAAAGAUCCAGACGGCGGAUGAUGAUGCCUGAUGGCAUCUCCAAAAGGUAGGAGGUGUGCUCUCAAGUAUUUCAUAGGGUAUAAGGAUACGUUUUACAUUGGUCAUGGGAACUCUGGGAGGGGGAGAUAUCUGAUGAAUUAUAUUGGAAUGGAUGAGUUAUAAAAGAAAAAAGUGAGUCUUGACUCCAAAUUCUUCAAGAAUUACUCUCUUUUUAGGCCUU